AUGGCCAUUCGAGUACUUUUCUUGGCUGCUAAUCUACCUGUUCUUUUCGGCGGCUUGAUUUGGAAGUGGGAAGUUCCACGCAAUGGCGAAGAGUUAACGAAAGGCCUUAAACUUUUGGGAUUGAAGCCAGGCCCACUGGGCUACUUCAACUCUGCCUACAUGGCCUUUACCAAAGCAGAAGCGGAUAAAUUUCCCAACCUGGUGUCCUACCACACGAUGUUGAGAAGGAUGAAAAUCUACAACAUUACUCGGGAAUCCGCUCAAGUUCCUGUGCAGACUAAUAGAAGUAGAAUAAGAAGGGACGAGUCAAGCGACGACAACGACUGGACGGGCAGGUCGAUGGGCCGGGCCGGGGCCAGGGCUGGCCAGUCCUUCCCCAAUACAAAUUCUACAGGUAAUUGUACAAGUAAAACAGGAGGACUUUGUGACCUUUGCCCGGCGAAAACUGAUCUGGGACCUGACAAGAGACCCCAGUUUAUUAACGUAAUGGUGUGUAGAGGAGAGCAAUUUUGUGGAGAAGGCAACGUGGGAGGCCUGUGCACAAACUCUACUGUCGAACAAACGUUCUUAAGGGAAAUUGGAAAACCAAAUCUUUGGGAAACUUACCCGCAGAAAAUUACUAUAUGCUGCGAAUGUGUACUGAUGUAA